AGUGGUGGGAUGCUCUGCAGUGCUGCACACCGAGGUGAUUCCCGGGAGCUAUUUAGCUUUUACUGACGGAGCAGAAAGGAGCUGCUGCAUCAUUCAGUAUUGACAGGAGUUGGAUGAGUGAUUCCUCAACAUGCUCGCAUCUCUGUUUCUAAGUGGGAUACUUGGAGUGCUGCUGAUCCCAGUGAAAUCUCAGCUGAUCUCUGUGUGCUUGGAAGAGGAUGAGGACCUGAGAGUCGACUGCCGGAUCGAGCCCAAGCCCAACAAAAUCAACAGCUACGAGUUCUCCUGGUCAUCUGGAACCAAGGAGGCCCUCAUCAACACAAAUGUUUCCGGCUCAGCUGCAGAGGCCCAGUUCAGAGACAAAAGCGAAGUGGUGGAGCUUGAUCCCCACGGCUACAGGAUGACCCUGAAAGGCUUCACAAACACACUCCCACACAACACCACCUACAUGUGUAAAAUAUCUGGCCAGGUUGAGAGUAUCAAUGUGGAGAAAGAACAACUGCAGCCUUGCUCGGCUGUCAGCCUGUUUCUGAAGAGCUCAUGGUCCUGGAUCGUCCCCCUGCUGAUCUUCUUCUUUCAUACACACUGCUAAAUAAAAUGUGACACUCUAGCUUGUGCCUAUUUACACGCAAACAAGCCCAGCCUUACUUCUGUCUACAUGCACAUCCAUCAACCCUACAGCUUUAGGUUUUAUCAUUGUUACGGCAUUGCAAUGCUUUUAUUGAGGAAGAUGACUCAAGAUGUUCUGAGACCUUUUGCUUCAGAACUGCACAAAUCUUUUGUGAUGUAAUGCACUGUGAGAACUUGCACAUGUGAAUAUAUAGUGAUGGAGCUCUGGUUUUCAAUAAAAUAAUGCUAAAUAUAUAGUCAAACAAUGAUUUUCUGGUUACUGGGUGCUUAUAAAAAACUGAAAUGAAUAAAAAUGCAAAGUCAGUUCAAAGUAUGAGGCUUGCCAUCAGAAUUUCAUUAAAGGUCCAUUCCCCAAUCAACCCAUCAACCAGCCAACAUUUACAUUUGCUGCCCAAAGUCACAGGAAAUGGGAUUGUCUGCAAAUUAGUGCUUCUUUUUCGCAGAUUUGAUGCAGGAUAAUUCUGGGUAAAAUGUUGGAACCCACAUGAAAUACUAAAUGCGUGAACUAUUUUGAAGGGAUUCACUUAUUUGACAUUUGAAACCCAGAUUAGACCAAGUCAAAUCAAGUCAAGUUUAGCAACAAGGCAGUUCUAAGUUUUUUCACACCAUAAGAACAUCAUACAGUAACCCAUUAUGAAACAAGCAAUAAGCAUUACAUUUUGUCAAAUGCCAUCAUCAAAGUCAUGAAUAAAUAUGCAUCAAAUAUG